UCGUCGCGUCAACAUGCUUUAGGGGCACAUCUCUCUACAGUGCGGAGAAUACUAGUACCUCGCAAAGAAGGCUGGUCAACAUUAUGAGUACCCGUUUUAUUAUAUCAUGUUAUGUAAUAAUGAUAAGCUUGGAAUUUUCACAUCCCCAGUCCCUGUUCCGCGAAGAAGAUUUCCGAUGCGAAGAGAGGAGAGACAUAAAAAUUGCUGAAAAGUUACGCCUUUACGAAAACAAAAUAAAAGUGUUAGAGAACCAAAUCAGCAGGAUUGAGGCAAAUAAUCUAGAAGAUCCUGUCAGGUUGAUGGGAAUGGAGUUUUACAUGGUCUUCCCGCCUCUGUUUGCUGAUGACGGAAGAAGCUACUGUGUAUUGUAUAUAGUGUCUAUUAGUUCUGGAUCCUGUACGGUGGCACUACCACUGCUGACUAAACGAUACAUCUUGAAACUUAAACAAGGUGAAAAUCAACUCUUUCUACCAUCUUCCUACAUGGCACUUGAAAAUCAAGUGGAGAAAAAAGGAGUCCAUAUUGAAUGCGAUGUUUUUGUUAAUGUUUACGCUGCUAAACAUGAUAAGUUCACCACAACAGUGUUUUUGGUUUUACCUAUACAUUCUAGAUUUCAUUAUAAAUAUAGAUAUAUCCCUUCUAUUCAACCGAAUCCCGUGUCUGUGAAAUAUGCUCAUCUUUACAACAGUACAUUAUCUAUUGUAUCAAGUGGGGACAACAAUAUAGUGAAAAUUCAGCUAAACUUGACAGAGGGUGAAUCAAUUCAUAUUGGUAAUCAAGGAUAUGCCUACAAUGACAGUAUUCAACUUAUUAUGAACAAAUAUGAAUCAUUAGUAAUAUCACAUGGUGUAGAUUUAACCGGAAGUACGAUAUCUUCUAUUGACCCCAUAUUUGUGGCAACUGGAAACAAAUGUGCUCGUUUGCAUCAUGAUAAUGCGUGUAGUGGAAUGAACUUCAUGAUUCCAUUGGAUAACUCUCAUCUUGACAUACAUUACGAUUCUGAACACGUGUUUGUUACACCUUUCUUUUAUCCUUUCUUAAGAGGAUAUAAAAUUAGGAUACUGUCCAUGAAAAAUGACUAUCGAUUACAGUAUAUUAUGGGGCAAGAAAAUAAAACUGAGACCCUCUUUGUUCAAAAUAAUUAUGUGGAUAUAGAUGUGGAUUCAAAUAUUCCCGUUUACAUCCGGACGAGCCGAUUUGUCUCGGUGACUGUGAUAACGCCAGGCAAGAACAAUACAGACGGAAUAGGAACAGCAUUUAUGUUGUAUAUUCCAGAUGAGCGCUCUCUUCUUUCGGAGUACCACUUCGUUGUACCUGAUCUCAAUACAACAAGUUAUAUAACUGUUAUAAGUAGAAACGUAUCAAAUAUAAGACUUGACGAAAAUAUUGUAGAUGUUAAUAGAACAGUUAUUUAUGACAUCAAUGCAAAACCAUAUGACGUGAUAGCCUUACCGGUACAGCCCGGAUAUCACGUGGCAAGAAAUAUUUUAAAAGAAAGCUUUUCUUUAUACGUUUAUGGAAAACAGAAGCCAAAUCUGGGAUACGGUUUUCCAGCAGGAUUUUAUCUGAAUAUUAAACCAUGA